AUGGAUAAAAAAUAAGUUUCUUGGCAUUAAACAUCAUUAAGAUGGUUAUUUUUGGCAAUGACAUGCAUUUUUUAAGUUGGAUGUUGUUUAUGUAGUGAUUUUCCAUCAGUUUUGGCUUCCCAAAUGAAAUUGUAAUUCUCUAUUCAAUAAUCUGAUAUAAAUCAACUAUUUACAUUCUAUUCCUUACCAAAUGUAAUAUUUCCAUUUUUUGGAGGUAUCAUAAUAGAUAAAAUUGGAAUAAGAUCUUCUUUAGUUUCAUUUACAGCCUUUCUAGUGAUUGGAUAAUGUAUAAUUUUAUUUCAAUAUAUUUCUAGCUCUAUGUUAUUAUGGAUCAUUAAUACUGAACUAUAAUUAUCUGAAAAUAGGUAUGAUGCUUAUGGGAAUGGGAGGAGAAAUUUGUAUGAGUGUAGCUUAAAGUUCCAUUGUAAGCAAAUGGUUUGUUGGAUAAGAAAUGGCCUUAGCAUUUGGGUAAUAAUAAUUGAAAUAUAAAUCAUAUUUAUUAGAUUAAAAUUAACAUUUACAAGAUUGGGAUCAGUUUUAGGUGUAAAUUUACUAAGAUACACAUAUGUACAAUUUAACGAAAGUUUUCAAUCUUGUAUGAUGAUUUGUUGCUUCAUCAUUUUAAUUGUUUGGGGAGUUUCAUUUAUUCAAAUUGAAAUGGAUAAAAUUAGUGAUUUUAGAGAUGGAUAAAUUAAAAAGGAUGAAGAAUAAUCUAAUGUUAGUCUAGCUGAUAUUAAACAAUUUAAAUUAGAUUUUUAUCUUGUAUCUUUAACUUGUGUAUUGUCAUAUAGUGCUUUCAUUGUUUUAUAAUAAAAUAGUUUACAAAUGUUUAAGAUUAGGUAUUACUUAAUAUUGUAUUUAAAUAGAUAUUAAUUAAAAGAUUAAGAGGCUACCUUUUUUUACAGUUUACCAUACUAUAUAAGUGCUAUAAUUACUCCUAUAUUUGGUGGUUUUGUUGAUAAAAUUGGAUAAAGACCAUUAAUUAUAUUGAUUUCAGGUAUUUUACUCCUAAUAUCUACAUCUUUAUAUUGUGUAGAAAUUAAUUGUAUAAAUGAUAAUUGCCAUAAUUUAACAUUAUUAGCCUAAACAAUCAGUGGUCUAUCCUUUGCUAUAUUUGCUCCUGUUAUUUGGCCUUGUAUUCCCUUAUGUAUUAAUGCAAAUGCAUAAGGAACUGGAUUUGGAGUUGUAACAUCAAUCCAGAAUAUUGGACUCUCUAUUUUACCUCUAAUUGUUGGAUAUAUUAUUUAGGAUGAAACAUAAUAUUCUUAUGUUUAUAUGAUGUAAUUUAUUCGAGUUGUAACUAUCUUCGGUACAUUAUGUAAUAUAACCUUAUACAUGCAUGAUAAAAAUAAUGAAAAUAAGUUGAGUGCAAAAUAAACAAAAUAAAAAGGCUAAUGA